UUCAGUUAAAAAGAGCCACGUUAAUAGUGCACGUACGUACACAAAAGUACGAGGUUUGGAAGACUUCAUGUAAGGUACUUUUCACGAAAAAGUAUGGCUUUAGAUAUUUGUCACACUGUUCUGUUGCAUUUUGUGCAUAUCUUGCUAUGGACCCGCCUCUAUUUAUGGACACUCGUUUUGAGGUUUAUUUCAAAACCUUUUGGUUUGUGUAUCGGAGAGCGACGUAAACUAUCCGCGGAAAGAUGCCGGAUCGACUCCAAAAAUCUUCCAAAACUUCCAUUACACAUCGGUCUUCAGAUCGUGGAAAAUCGGAUUUCAGAUGGAGAUGUCGCUAAUCUACUGGUGUGGUGCAUAGCUAUGGGAUUUUCAUACAUUUCUCUGUUUGAUAAUGAAGGUUACUUCAAGAACAAUCCAUCCAGACUGAGAAGUGUGUUGCAGAAAAAGAUGGCAGACGUCUCAGAGAGUGAUCAUCUUGUCUUCCAGAUUGAAGUUCCAGUGAGAAAUGGAGGAAAAUGUUAUGAAGUCAUCAGCAAAGAUACUUCACAAGCCACAAAAAGAACACGAAUAGCCAUAAUGUCUUGUGAAGAUGGAAGAGGGGAUAUACUGGAUUCUGCAAGGCAUCUUUGUCAAGAUGUAGCUGACAAGAGAUAUCGAGCAUCAGAGAUAGACAUUCCUCAUCUAGACCAAGUUAUGAAUACAUUGUUGGAUUAUCCUGACCCAGAAUUAAUCAUUCAGUUUGGACGGGUGAAUAGUCUACUUGGGUACUCGCCAUGGAAAAUCAGAGUUACUGAAAUAUUGUCUGUGCCAACGCAUCAUAGCAUCAAUUACCAAAGCUUCGUCAAUGUACUUCAAUCCUAUUCCAAAACACAGCAGAGAUUCGGCAAGUAGAAAAAGGAAUCUCCAGUUCUCCCUCAAAAGAAUUAUUGUCCAUGAAAUACCUUAAUAUAUAUAUUUUUGGAAUACUAUGUAAAUUUAAACUUUUGUAAGUUAAAACUAGAUAAUAAUUUGGAGUUGCUUGGUUAUGUCUGCAUAUGAAAUGGUUGUUCUGUGACUCUGUCUAUCAUUUAUAUGGUAUUGCCAUAUAUGCACUAUGCAGUGAUUGUUGAUUGUGAUUUUUGUUGUUUUAUGGUUUUGUACUAUGACAACGAUUUGGAAUCUUUUAAUUCUCUGCUCUGAAUAUGUAUUAGCAGGGCCCUGUCUUACAAAGAGCUGAUAUUGAUUGCAAAUUAUUUGAAAUUAAUAUCAAUCACAACUUUGUACAUAAGAGAUAGGAGAUCGCAAACUUGCGAUUGAUCAGAGGACUUGUGAUUGAUUUGGAUCAAUCGCAACUCUUUGUAUAAAGACAGGGCCCAGAUGUCAGGUUAUUUUAAAAUCAGUUAAUUCAAAUGUACUGUACAUUGUAAGUUCAGAAAUGUGUUUAUGUACAUUUAUGUAUUGAACGAUCAUGAAUUUUGCAAGUUUUGGGAUUUGUGAAAGUUACUGCUGCCCAAAAAUUAAUCACAACAUUUAAUGUUUGUAAUUUGAGAAAAAAGCUUUCAUUUUCAAUAAGUGAAAGUUUAAUGUUGUGUACGUUUCUCUAGUCAUUGUAAUUGCUCUACCUUGAAUGUUAAAAUAAACUGCCUAAUAAAAUAGGUAUUUGAAAUGAAUUACAGUUAAAUUAGCAAUAUAGAUCUACAAGUAAUGAUACCAAAAUAAUCUUAGCAACGAAACAUCAAGGCAUACAACUGUAGCUUUGAGUUUUAAACUUAAGUCAUCAAAAUCAUAUUCAUUAUGUUGGUUUUUGUAUUGUUGUUUUACUUCACUCAAGUUAUAACAUCAUUCAACACAACAAAUAAAUCCAUAAUUCUGAACAUGUGUUCAUGCCAGUGAUGCAUUAUUGCUGAAGUAUUGAUAUGAUUUAGGAAAAUGAAAAUUUGAAAAUAUACCAAACGUGUAAUUCUAGAUACAUGUAAGCUUGGCUGAUACCAGUGAUACCAGUGAUCUGUUUAUACGUGUACAGUAUCGUAGUACUUAUUUUAUUCAGAAGGCCUUAUAUGAAUAUUUUACCUGAUUUGAAUGUAAAAAAAAGUAGAUAAUCAGAAUGAUUUUGCCAAGGAGUUAAGUCUCACCCACUUGGAAUGUAGUCAUGCUCUUCUGGGUAACUAGCAUGCUAUAAAUGACAGAAUUAGCAAGUUACUGCUAUGAUAGUGCUAUUAAAUUUAAUAAUAAAUCAAAUAUUGUUUAUUGUAAUAUUGAAAGACUCUUGCCAUGCAUACAAUUUUAAGAUGACUAUUUAGGUCCCUCUUUAAAGGUGGGUACCAAUAGAGAAAAAAAAAAUGACCCUGUUGAGAACCCCCACACCCCCCCAAUAAAAGGUUCAAACAACGUACGGUAAUCUACCCUAAAAUCUUGGAUUUCUCAAAUUUUAUUCAUUUGCCCCUCAUUCCUGUCCUCGCCCCCUCCCAAUAACAAUGCUGUCUCUGCCGUUGCCUUUUAAUGAAUCACUACAAUGUUUUAGUGAUUGUGUCACCUUUGUAUUACUCUUUUGUCAGUAUUUGUAAGCGAGUCCUUCAGGUAAAAAUUUAUUUUUUAAAUGACACCCAUACAUAUGUUAAUGUUUUGACACUGUUUAGUGUGGCUCUAUUUGAUUUAUUGGACAGUCAAAUACAGAAAAUUUACCAAAACUAGUUGCCGGGCCAUGGCACAAAAAUAUGCUGUGGUUGAAAUUAAGAAGGCGUUAUUGGUGCUACUGAAGUGGACAAUUCACUCAUUUGUUUAUUUUGACUGUAUUUCAAGCAAUAACCUUUCUUUCUUUUGUCACUGUUCAAGGGAACCGUUCCUUCGCCACAGGCAAAGAAAAGAAAUUUAUACAUUUUGCUUGCCCUGCAGGGUGACUGAAGAUAUUUUUCUUUCCAACACUGCUCAUGCGGAUAUUCUAUUUAGUAUUUAGACUCAUGCAUGAACUCAUUUUCUUUAGCUAUCGUUGGAGCAUUGUGCAAUUAGAAAACUAGAGUGUAACCAUUUCCAUACCCCCAUGUCCUUUUCAUGUACAUCGAACUAGCAAUGCCAUCAGACAUGUAUCCGGUUUUUUUUUUGUGACAAAAUAUGUGAUGCAGUACUGGUAAAAAAAUGUUGGGAUCUCCUGGAAAAAACUGACUGAAAAAAGAACAAUAUUUAUAAUUUAUAAUACCAGCGAACUGAAUUUUGAUAUAGUUUUGUUAUGUUUUUUUUUAAACUUAAAAAAAAAUAGUUUCUACAGUCUACCAAUAGACAAUUUCUAUUAUACAUUGUAUUACAAUGUUUAAUCAGAUUAUGCACACACCUGCACAUUCUAGGAUAUGGAUAAUUGUAAUUGAACUUGACAUGGAUAUGGCAAAGAUGAUAACCAUACUUACAAGGUAAUAAGCCGUGCUUUACAGACAUUCCAUGAAUAACGUUAACUGGUAUUGAAUAAUUACCAGUCUUGUAAAUGUAUUUUGUUAUUUCAUAAUAUUAGUAUUAUUAAUGAAUAAAUCAAGAUCUGAAAAUAA